GCAUCAGUGCAGCAUCUACUCUGAGUAACUUCUCAAAUUUUGUCUGCUCCUGGGAAUAAAGAUGGUGAGUUAUAAAGUCACUUUAUUCACCGGCAACCAAGUUGCUGCUGGGACUUUCGACCGCGUCUCCGUAAAGCUGGUGGGCACUGAAGGAGAGAGUGAACGCAAAUGGCUGGUGGGCUUCAAAGGGGCUUCAGCCUUCAUCAGAGGAGCUGAGUCCUCCUUCACUGUGUGUGCCCCCACCUCUCUUGGAAAACUGGUUCUGGUAGAGGUGGACAAAAAGUCCCUUCCGCUCCUCCCAGAAGACUCCUGGUUUCUCACCAAAGUGGAGGUGAAAUCCCCCGAUGGAGACACGUUCACCUUUCCUGUCCACCGCUGGAUCAGUGACAGCUCCGUGCACCGCUUCAGAGAGGCCACAGCUCUGAGGAUCAUUGACGACCAGCAUCAUCUUGGCAGGUACAGCCGGGAGCAGGAGCUGAAAGAGCGAAAGGAGAAAUAUCGCUGGCACGUGUAUGCAGAAGGUAUACCUCACUGCAUCAAGGCAGAUGGCCCCACUUCACUGCCAAGUGAAGUCCAGUUCUCCUUCACCAAAACCACAGAGUUCCUCUUUACCGCAUCAACAGGGUUGGUAGAGCUGAAACUGAAGGGCCUCGAUGGCUGUAAGAAGGGGUGGACUAGCAUCGAUGACAUCGAUCGGGUGUUUUGCUGCAAACAAACAGACAUAGCAGAUUAUGUCCAAGAACACUGGAAGGAAGAUUCCUUCUUUGGAAUGCAGUUUCUCAAUGGAGUCAAUCCCAUCUUGAUCCGGCGCUGCACAGAGCUGCCCAGAAACUUCCCCGUCACCGACUGCAUGGUGUUUCCUUGUGGUCAGAUGAGCUUGGCUGAAGAAAUAAAGAAAGGAAACAUUUUCCUGUGUGACUACAAGCAUUUGGAUGGAGUGAAAACCAACACAAUCAAUGGAAAGAAGCAGUACUUGAUGGCUCCACUUGUGCUGCUUCAAAAAACUGAGAACAAGAAGCUGAUGCCAAUCGCCAUCCAGCUGAAGCAGGCGCCUGCAGAGGACAACCCCAUCUUCCUACCCACAGAUCCUGAGUACGAUUGGGUGCUGGCAAAGAUUUUUGUGAGAAGUGCAGAUUUCAGUGAGCACCAGCUGAACACUCACCUGCUUCGUACUCACCUGCUGGCUGAGGUCUUUGCUGUGUCUCUGCUGCGCAACGUUCCGAUGGUGCAUCCUCUCUACAAGCUCCUCAUCCCCCACACUCGAUACACUCUGCAGAUCAACUUCCUAGCUCGAAACUUAUUGAUAUCUGAGAAAGGAUCUUUCACUCAGUUUGCUGCCUCUGGUGGAGAGGGAAUGAUGACAAUCCUGAGGCGCUCCCUGUCUGCAGUCACAUACACCUCCCUCUGUUUCCCUGAUGAUGUUGCUGAGAGGGGGGUGCAGGAUGUACCAAACUACUACUACAGGGACGAUGGGCUGAGGCUUUGGGAAAUCACCUACAGGUUUGUGAAAGGAGUCAUUGAGUUCUACUACAAGAACGACGAGGAAGUCCAGCAAGAUACCGAAAUACAGAAGUGGAUUUCAGACAUUUUCAAACACGGAUUCCUUUCACAAGCGUGCACUGGAAUUCCACAAAGCUUCACAAGCGUGGCGCAGCUGGUCAAAUUCGUUACCAUGGUGAUAUUCACAGGCUCCGCCCAGCAUGCUGCAGUCAACAGUGCACAGUAUGACUACGGUGGCUGGAUGCCAAACACUCCCAUCUCUCUGAAACGGCCUCCACCAACCAAGAAAGGGGUAGCGAAUGAAGACACCAUGCUGGAAACUCUGCCAGACGUCAACGUAACCGUUCAGGGCAUGGCCACCUUGUGGCUCCUUAGCAAGCAGUCAAGUGAUUUUGUCCCCCUCGGCAAUACCCCCGAGCAGCACUUCAGCGAGGACACUCCCUGUGAGUUCAUCAAGAACUUUCAAGCAGAGCUGGAGGAGCAGAGCAGAAGGAUCAAAGCCAGAAAUAAAAAACUGGAAGUGCCGUACAAAUAUCUGAACCCAGAAGAGGUGGAAAAUAGUGUUGCUAUUUGAACAUGAAUGUGAUCCUAGAUCAACUGCCCUUACCAAAAAUAAGUACAUUUGAAGUAUAUUUUUAAAGUAUACUUAAGUAUAGAAAAGUAUAUUUCCUAAAGAGUAUCAAGUGCACUCAGAAAGUAUACUGUCAGUUUACUAACAAGUAUUCUUGGGAAUAAACUGGCCCACUUUUAGUUUAAAAAAGUAUACUAAGAAGUAUACUUAAGGUACCUUUCUAGUAUAGUAUUACUUUGCCGGCAAUAAACUCUAUGCUUAUGAAAGUAAACUUUGAAGUAUAUCUAGUGUAGCUUUUAAGGUUUUAUUUUAGUUCAUAAGUACUGAUUAGUGUAUUAAAAUUAAAUUUUAAUGUACUGGAAAUAUAUCCAGAAUACAUCUACUCCACUUUUAUUGUUUUGUAUGAAAAUGUUUAUGGACAAUGGCAAAUAUAGGCAAAUACGUUUAGAAUUUUAGUAUAUUUCUGAGUAUAAUCCAAGCCUACUUAACAUGAACCUAUGAACUUGUAAAGUUUAUCGAUAUAAGUACUUAAAAAGUAAAAUAAAAUUAUACUUUAAAAAACGUGAGUAUACUUAUUUUUGGUAAGGGUGAUAAAGAACUUUCAGUUUUUGACCUGAUGAAACUUGAAUGUUCAGUCAGUUUAACACAUUAAAACGAACCUGUAAAGGAUCAGAUCAGAGAAACAAACAAAAGUGUUGUCCUGUUGGAACUCCUGUUAGAUGUUUUGCAUUUAUAGAGCAUCUCAAAUAUAAUACUUUUUUUUAUCUUUUCAUUUAAACUUUCUUAGAAAAUUGUUUUAGGACAAAACCUUUUUUUUGCCAAGUUUGAAAUCAUUUUUAAAAUAAAAUCAAGGAAUAACACCACUUUGUCAA